ACUAGCUAGCUACCACGGCGUCACGUCCUAGCUCGUUUUCCUGGUCAUGGCACAGGCGCCACACGUCGUCAUCCUCACGAGCUCCGGCUUGGGCCACGUCCUCCCGGCCUCCGAGCUGGCCAAGCGCCUCGCCGUGCACCACGGCUUCACCGUCACCAUCGUCACUUACGCCAGCCUGUCCACGCCCGGCCACUCCUCACCGCUCGCCUCCCUCCCACCGGGCGUCUCCGUCGCCACGCUUCCGGAGGUGUCCCUCAGCGACCUCCCAGCCGACGCGCACUUGGUGACCCGCAUUCUGACUGUCAUCAACCGCGCCCUGCCACAGCUACGCGACUUACUACGCUCCCUCCUCGACCUCCCGGCGGGGAUCACCGCCUUCAUGACCGACAUGCUCUGUCCCGCGGCGCUCGCCGUCGGCAAGGAGAUGGGUCUACCUGGGUACGUCUUCUACACCUCCAGCCUCAUGUCGUUGUUAUCGUUUCUCUACAUUCCGGAGCUCGCGAGGACCACCACCUGCGAGUGUCGCGACCUCCCGGAGCCCGUGCUACUCCCGGGGUGCGUGCCUCUACACGGCGGCGAUCUCCUCGAGCCCCUCCAGAACCGCUCCGACCCCGUGUACCAGCUCAUGAUCGACCUCGGGCGCAACUACCUCCUCGCGGAAGGUUUCGUCGUCAACACCAUGGACGCGUUAGAGUACGAGACGGUGCUGGCGUUCAAAGAGUUUUCAGACAAGGGCGUGUACCCUCCGGCAUACGCUGUGGGUCCAUUCACCCAGCGGCGCUGCCCCGACUCUGACGAGGCCAAGCACAGCUGUUUACGGUGGCUGGACAACCAGCCGGAUGGCUCGGUCUUGUACGUGUCCUUCGGCAGCGGCGGCACGCUGUCCACGGCGCAGACGGCCGAGCUGGCGGCUGGGCUGGAGGCGAGCGGGCAGAGGUUCCUCUGGGUGGUGCACCACCCCAACGACAAGGACAGCAGCGCGGCCUACCUCGGCACUGCCGCUACCGAUGCCGACCCGCUGAGCUAUCUGCCCGACGGAUUCGUCGAGAGGAUGAACGGUACAGGGCUCCUUGUGCCACUAUGGGCGCCGCAGGUGGAGAUCCUUAACCACGUCGCCAUGGGAGGGUUCAUGUCUCAUGGCGGAUGGAACUCCACGCUGGAGACCGUGGCGGCGGGCGUGCCGAUGGUGGCGUGGCCGCUGUACGCCGAGCAGAGGAUGAACGCGGUGAUGCUAUCGUCGGAUCGGGUGGGCUUGGCGUUGUGGGAGAGGCCUCCCCUCGAUAAGGACAGAGCGGUUGUCCCGCGGGAGGAAGUGGCGGCACUGGUCAGAGAGCUUAUGGAAGGGGAGAAGGGCGCCGCGGCGCGGAAAAAGGCCGGUCACCUCCGGGAUGAGGCCGAGAUUGCUUCGGCGCUGGGUGGGCCGCAGGACCGAGCCCUCGCCGUAGUGGCUGACAUGGUUUCCUUGCAUCGGAAGAGCCACGGUGAGUAAAGAGCAGGCUCCCUAAAGUAACUGAAUAAGAGGCAUGGUGGCUCAAGUUUUUUCUUGAUUUAUGUUUGUAUCGAUUACUAUAUAUGUAUUUUACAUUUCAAUAUAGAAUAAUGCUUUGUCCUUAGAAGAUAUUAUUAUUGUUGUUACAUAUUGUAAAUAUGGAAGCAAUUUUACAUGUGUGGAAAGCUUUGGGUCUAUCUAAGGUGACUCCACAUGCUUUGUGUGCGCACAGAUCGGCAUGGAUAGUAUUGGAAGGUAUCCAAUGCAGCUCUAGUUGAAAGCAGACAGAUCGGCAUGGGUAGUAUUGGAAGGUAUCCUAUGCAGCUCUAGUUGGAAGUCUCUAGCUAGUUCUUCGGAUGGUCGGUUUACAAGAGUCGAUUGAUGUCGCUUGUUGAUACAUUUGAUGGCAAAGGCGUGAAUUUGUAAAAAGGGCGAAACUAUUGUGGCACCCCCUCGGAUUGCUUUUGCAAUUGAAGCCCUAACAAAAACUAUGGCUUUGUGUCUUCUUCUAGCCGGCCACAUGAAAUAUUAUGGGCUAAACCAAAAUAGGGAUGUUAUAAACUCAACGCUGAUGCUGCUUUCCAUGAUGAUGGUGUAGGAGUUGUCCUCUGUACUAGUAUUGGUGAAGCGGUUACAGGUGCUGCAGCUCCUUUUUCUGAUAUCCUCAAUUUUGAGGCUGUAGCGGUUUAGAAAUGUAGUGAUCUCAUUGAGCACUUGGGAUGCACAAAUGUUACUAUAGAAUCGAACUCUUUGGAAGUUAUUAGUGC